AUGGAUUCCAAACGAAAGCCAGAAUCCCUUCCUGGCAGUCCCAUAGUGAAGAAGGCAAAAUCAGAUUCAAUGUUUCCUCCUGCAGCCGAUGAAGAUUCAGGCGGAGGAGGCGAGUCAACAGUCCCAGAAGCUUCAAUAGUAGAUGGUGAAGCUGAGAACGAGGAGGAGGAAGCAAAAAAACCACCUUCCAGAGCAAUACAAGAAGAACAAGCUGGAUCUAUCCAAUUUCGAGUUGUCGUUAAUGACGGAACUGCAGAAUCCAUGAUAUUACUGACGGGGCUUAAGAAUAUCUUUCAAAAGCAAUUGCCCAAAAUGCCAAAAGAGUAUAUUGCUCGACUAGUGUAUGAUCGAACACACGUAUCCAUGGCCGUAGUAAGAGAUCAGCUUAUAGUAGUCGGUGGCAUCACGUAUCGGCCAUUCGAAGCUCGUCGCUUUGGUGAAAUUGUGUUUUGUGCUAUUGCUUCGAAUGAACAAGUCAAGGGUUAUGGUUCACGUCUAAUGAGCCAUUUGAAGGACUAUGUCGCAGAAAAUAGCAAUAUUCAGCACUUCUUGACAUAUGCAGACAAUUACGCUAUCGGCUACUUUAAAAAACAAGGAUUUACGACCGAUAUUACUUUGGAUAAGUCGAUAUGGGUUGGUUAUAUCAAGGACUAUGAAGGAGGAACCAUCAUGCAGUGCACGAUGCUACCAAAGGUCCGGUAUCUUGCUGCACAUGACAUACUGUCAACCCAACGACGAGCAGUUUUGCAAAAGAUUCAACAGAUUGCCAAAGGCUCGUACACCAUCCAUCCUGGUCUGAAUAUAUUCAAGAAGGGUGUAAAGCAAGUUGCACCAGAGUCAAUACCAGGAUUGUUGGAAGCAGGGUGGGUGCCAGAAAUGGCACAAAUGCCUUCAAAACCUCCUGCUAGAACACGAGGUCCAUUGUACCCCCUCAUGAGAAAGCUAGUAGCAGAGAUGGUUGAUAAUUCACAGUCUUGGCCAUUCCAUGAGCCCGUUACUGGUGUUCCUGAUUAUUACAAAAUCAUUACUGAACCUAUGGACUUGAGAACAUUGGGCGAGAAUGUCGAAGACGAUACAUAUCAGACCUUUGAUGCUUUUUCAAACGAUGUGCAAAGAAUCUUUGAUAAUUGCAGAAAGUACAACGAAGAAGGGUCAAAUUAUGUGAAAUGUGCUACAAAGUUGGAAAAGUUCUUCAAAGAACGAUCAAAACAGUUGAGAGCAGAGAACCGUGAUAUACCGUAA